AUGGAAAGAGAAUUUUGUGAUACUACACUACUCGUCCACUUUUUCGGAUUGGGUGGUAAGGAAGUCCUUAAUUAUGAUGAUUUUCAUAGAUUCAUGGAGAACCUACAGACUGAAGUGAUCCAACUGGAAUUUACUGAUUUUUCCAAGGGAAUGAAAACUAUCUCAGAGGAAGACUUUGCACGGAUUCUUCUCCGUUACACUGUCCUUGAAAAAAAUGAAGUUGAUGAAUGUAUCCGUCGUGUACGUGAGAGGAUGCCAGAAGAGAAGGGAGUUACCUUUGAAGAAUUCAAAAAGUUCUGCCAGUUCUUGAAUAACCUUGAUGACUUCCAAAUUGCAAUGAGAAUGUACACCUUUGCAGAGCAGGCAGUUUCCCAAGAAGAGUUCCAGCGAGCUGUUAAGAUUUGUACAGGCACCCACCUUGGUCCCCACAUUGUGAACACAGUCUUUCAGAUUUUUGAUGCUGAUGGAGAUGGUCAUUUGAGCCAUCGGGAAUUCAUUUCCAUCAUGAAGGAUCGUAUUCAUCGAGGUGCUCGUGCUCAUCUGAUUACUCAGCAAGGAAACUGGUCUGCAUUUAAGUCUUGCAUUAAAAAUGAAAUGAAGUCUAUGUACUGA